AUGCGUAACACGCCUCGCGGGAUUCCCGCAGGUGGGAUUUGGGGGGUGUUACAGAUAGGACAGAUUACUCUCCCGACCACAUUCAAAGACGGUAACAAGAGCAGAACAGUACCACUAACUUUCCUGGUUGUUCGAACUCAUUCUUCGCACAACAUAAUACUCGGGCGACCCGGAUUGCGAGCUCUUGGAGCAAUCAGUUCGACAAUACACGGAGCUAUUAAAUUCCCUACCGAAGCCGGUGUUGCCACUAUCUGUUUAGAGUCGAAUUCGCUUGUCGCCGAAGUAAGACAUGCGGCAGAAACGAGCUCCCAAAAGUCCAAAGUACCCACGGAACUUUGGGCAAUCAACCCGGAUUUUCCCGAGCAACAAGUAGCUAUUGGUGCUCAGCUCCCAAAACGAACGAAGAAGCUUUUAUGGGAAUUGUUAAGCAACUCGAUAGAUGUCUUCGCGUGGAAGCACUCUGAUAUGCAGGGAGUCCCCAGAUCCAUGGCACAACAUCACCUGAACGUAAAAGAAUCAAUCAAACCGAUAGCACAAAGGAAAAGGCAUAUGGCGCCGGAUCGGGCAAAAGCCAUUGCAAAAGAUGUUAAAAGUCUCCUAGACGCAGGAAUCAUUCGAGAGGUGCGGUAUCAAACAUGGGUAUCAAACCCCGUUAUGGUACGGAAGAAAGAUAAUUCAUGGAGAAUGUGCAUCGAUUUCACCGACUUAAACAAUGCGUGCCCGAAAGACUGUUUUCCUCUACCGGAGAUUGAUGAGAAGAUUGACUCCGUCACCACGUUUAGGUUAAAGUGUUUUUUGGAUGCUUACAAAGGAUAUCAUGAAAUACAAAUGGCGGUCGAAGAUGAGGAUAAGACGACCUUUGUCACCAAUGAAGGAGUGUAUUGCUUUACUAAGAUGCCGUUCGGUUUGAAAAACACCGGUGCUACGUACCAGCGUCUGAUGAACAAAGCUUUUAAGGAUCAGAUCGAACGAAAUGUGGAGGUAUACGUUGAUGACAUCAUGAUCAAAAGUCACGACGAGGUCGCCAUGCUAAAAGACAUACUCGAAACGUUUACCCGACUCCGAAGCAUCAACAUGAAGCUAAAUCCGAAAAAAUGUACAUUAGGGGUAGAAGAAGGUAAGUUUCUCGGAGUCAUGGUCGGGUCAAAAGGCUUACGAGCCAACCCCGAUAAGAUUGAUGCUGUUCUUACAAUGAAGGCUCCGACGUCGGUCAAAGAAAUUCAGUCCUUAAACGGACAAUUGGCUGCUCUCCAUCGGUUCUUGUCAAAAGCAGCAGACCGGUCGCUCCCAUUCAUGGAUGUUCUCAAAAAAAGCUUUAGAUCGGAGUUCAAAUGGACGGAAGAGGCUGCGCGAGCUUUCGAAGAGCUUAAAACUUGUUUGGGCACCUUGCUAACCCUCACCGUACCAGAAGAAGAUGAGGUAUUAACAGUAUACUUAGCCGCAUCAUUCGGAGCUAUCAGUGCAGUGUUAGUUGCACACCGUACUGGGAAGCAAAUUCCCAUUUAUUACAUAAGCCGAACGUUAAAAGAUUACGAAACAAGAUAUUCAAACUUGGAAAAAUUAGCCCUGGCUCUAGUCCAUGCUUCAAGAAGACUUCGCCGAUACUUUCAGGCCCAUCCAAUUGAGGUGCGAACAGACCAAAGAAUCCAACACGUUCUCCGACGACCUGAGGUUUCAGGUCGAAUGGCAAAAUGGGCAAUUGAAUUGGGCGCGUUCAACAUUACCUUUCGAACUAAAGGUCCGUUGAAGGGGCAGGUAAUAGCGGAUUUCUUAGUCGAAAUACAGGAAGAGAAAGGAACAGAAGACGUUGAAAAAGCUCCAGAAAAGCCGUGGUCCUUGUAUACCGACGGAGCUUCUAGUACCGAAGGAGCAGGGGCGGGCCUAAUCCUCACCGAUCCAGACGGAACGGAUAUGACGUAUGCACUCCGGCUAGAGUUCAAGAGUUCGAAUAACGAAGCUGAGUACGAGGCCCUCUUAGCUGGCCUACGUCUACCGCUGAGAGUUGGAGCAAAAAAUGUCAUAGCCCAUGUAGAUUCGUUAUGUGUAGCAAAUCAGGUAAAUGGAGAAUAUGAGGCGAGGGAAGCAAACAUGGUCGAAUAUCUCGAACAGGUAAAACAAGCAAUGGCAUUAUUUGAAGCAUGUAAGGUCGAACAUAUUCCCCGUAGCAAGAACAAGAAGGCUGAUGCUUUAAGCAAGUUGGCAUCAGUGUCGUUCAGUCACCUGGCCAAGGAAGUGAGAGUGGAAGUUCUAACUACGCCUUCAAUCGCAGCUCCGCAAGUAAUGCAGGUCGAAGCACCAUCGCAAACAUGGAUGACGCUAAUAAUUAACAACUUGGUACACGAUGUUUUGCCAGUCGAUAAGACCGAAGCGAGGAAAAUACAGAUCAAUUCUCUCCAGUAUCAGAUGCAGGAAGGAGGCUUAUACCGAAAGACUUUUCUCGGACCUCUGCUAAAGUGCUUGGACCCGAAGCAAGCUAGUUAUAUCAUCAGGGAAGUACACUACGGCAUCUGUGGUAUUCAUGCCGGGCCUAAAAUGAUUGUUACGAAAGUCAAGAACGCAGGAUACUACUGGCCGGGGAUGCAUGAAAGCGCCGUAAAAGAGCUCCAACAGUGUGAAGAAUGCCAAAGGCACGCGCCAGUCAGCUUCCGAGCCAAGAACGAAAUGAUACCCGUAACCGCAGCAUGGCCCUUCCAAAAGUGGGGCGUUGAUAUCGUCGGACCUUUUCCAAGAUCGAGCGGAAGCGCUCAAUAUCUGCUAGUUGCGGUAGAUUACUUUACCAAAUGGGUGGAAGCCCGACCAUUUGCAGUCAUCUCCGGCUACAACGUGACACGUUUCUUCUGGGAACAAAUUCCCACCCUCAGGGCAAUGGGCAGGUCGAACAACUCAAUCGGCGAAUUGUUAAAGAGGAGACUCGGUUACGAGGGAAAAGGCUGGGCGGACGAGUUGCCGAAUGUCUUAUGGGCGCACCGGACAUUGCACAAAACAAGCAACGGAGAAACACCGUUCAGUCUUACCUACGGCACCGAAGCAGUAAUUCCCGCUGAGAUCGGACUCCCAAACCAGAGGUGCAAAGACUGGAAGGAAAAUGAACAUGAACUCCGAUCCAACCUCGACUUGUUGGAAGAGCGCCGGAACAUCGCGGCCAUCAAAGAAGCCCGAUACAAAAAGAAGAUUGAGAAGUACUAUAAUGCUCGGGCAAAAAUCUACAAGUUUAAAGUCGGAGACUAUGUAUUCCGGAACAAUGAUGCGAGCCGCGUCGAGGCCCCGGGCAAGUUAACCCCCAAGUGGGAGGGACCGUACCGAGUCAAAGAGGCUAGCGACAAGGGCUCGUACGUGUUGGAAAAGAUCGAUGGGACUCCCAUACCCCGGACUUGGAACGGGGUGCAUUUAAAGAAAUGCUUUAUGUGA